AUGGCCGGAAGAUGCUGUAUGCGUCGGCGCGUGAGCUUCUCGUGGCGCGCGGGGGCGCGUGGAGAGGCUGCUGCCGGAGAUUUUUCUGGGGUUUGGUCGCCGGACCGUGGUGACUCUUGUGGUAGUGUUGGAUUUUGCACAACACUGACAGAGACAACGCAGACGCAAACAACCUUGAAAAAGUCGCCGGAAAAAGGCUUCCGACUCCAAUGUAUCCAUUAUCAAAAAGAAAGUGUAAUAGUUAUUUCUGCACCACGUCUCACCAAGUCCAGUGAAGUAGAUUUCUAUAAUAUUUCUCCUUUACAUGAGUUUUGUUUUUUUGUAACUGGCCAAUUCAAUGGACAGGUUGCGCGUAGUGGUCAUAGUGUUCUUAGAGCAAGCUCAGUUUUGAUUUUAUUUGGGGGUGAAGAUGCAAAGAGGAGGAAGCUAAAUGAUCUACACAUGUUUGAUCUUAAAUCCUUGACAUGGCUGCCGCUUCAUUGCACGGGAGCAGGUCCAUCACCAAGAUCAAACCAUGUGGCUGCCCUCUAUGAUGAUAAAUUGCUCCUGAUUUUUGGUGGAUCAUCAAAGUCUAGGACGUUAAAUGACCUGUACACGCUUGAUUUUGAGACGAUGGCAUGGUCAAGAAUUAAAAUACGGGGAUUCCAUCCGUCACCUAGAGCUGGUUCUUGUGGAGUGCUCUGUGGAACUAAAUGGUAUAUUGCUGGGGGUGGUAGCAGGAAAAGAAGACAUGCCGAGACUCUAAUAUUUGAUGUUCUAAAACUUGAAUGGUCUGUUGCUGUUGCUUCACCAGCAUCUUCUAUCACAACUAACAAGGGAUUCAGCCUCGUCCUUGUGCAGCAUAAGGAAAGGGAUUUUCUUGUGGCUUUUGGUGGUUUCAAGAAAGAUCCAUCAAAUGAGGUUGAGGUACUCAUUAUGGAAAGAAAUGAAUUGUCAAUGGGUCGCAGAUCAAGUUUAAGUAAAGCUGCUGGGAACUUGCUAUAUGGGAAUCGUUUGGCAUCUACUGGGCCUGCUGCUUCUCAGCCAAUUAAUGGUACUUCUACCUCCCAUGUGGAUUCUAUAGCGAGACAGAAUUUAGCCUCUGCGGUUGAGCAUCAUGGCUCUGGCAGAAAAUCGUUGUCAGAGUCUUUACUCGUUGAUCCUAGUUCUGUGUCUGGUAAUGUCUCGCUUCGCAAGCAAUUUUCCAAUGAUGAAGACGCCGGUGCAAAGAUACCUAAGACUUCAGGUGAUGAAAGUCCUUCACAGGAACAAGGAGCUAAACAACUUGACGUAGGCAUCAAAACAAGCAGCAGUGGAGGAAAAAUUGUUACAGAGGAGAUGUCUACUAUUACUGAAUCUGGACAUUUGCCUAAUCAUUACAGACAAGCAAGUGGAAACUUUUUUCAAGACACUGAUGAUUUUGUCUUCCAAGAAAGUGAUUAUAAAGCUGGAUUAACAGCUUCAUCAGGUGCUUGUCAGCAGUAUGAAGCCAAACUUUCUGCCCUAAUGAGAAAGAACGAAAUUCUAGAAGGACAGCUGGCAGCUGCAUUGGCUAACCGUGAAGCAGCAGAGAAAAAUUUAUCUUCUGCUCUGAAGAGUAAACAGGACAUGGAAAAAAGGAUGGGUGACACUGUAAAGGAGGUGGAGUUGCUUAAAGAAAAGCUAGCUAGUGUUGAAUUGGCUCAGGAAGAGGCUAAUAGCUUAUCCAACAUUGUCCACUCCGAUAAUGUCAGGCUUGAGCAUGAUGUGGCUUUCCUCAAGGCAGUUCUCGAUGAUACCCAGAAGGAACUGCAUACAACAAGGGGAGUCCUUGCUGGAGAAAGAGCAAGAGCUUUCCAGUUGCAGGUUGAAGUUUUUCAUUUAAAACAAAGAUUGCAGUCACUGGAGAAUCGAUCUCCAACACCUCGGAAACCAUUCCACGUUUAGAAUAUAUCAUGAUAUUUUGUAUAUUAGUUCUGAUAGGAUUAUGUACAUAUAUUUUAGACUUCAAGUAUUAAUUAUCAAUAUUGGCUCGUUCUUGGAAGAACUAAACACUGACUUUUCAGACUGCCAUAUGCCUACGACAUAGUUCACCCGAUGAACUACAGAUUUUGUUA